UAAGUUGAAUAAUCAAAGGCAAAAGGAAGAAGCAAAACCAAACGCAAAUUUUUUGGAAGGCAAAACCAAACGCAGUGCGUGUGUUCUUCUCUGAAGUCUGAACCAUUCGUUCCUCUCUCAUAACAUGCCCUCUGCUCAGGAUCCAUUUUACGUUGUCAAGGCCGAGAUUCAAGAUUCUAUUGAUAAGCUGCAAUCUACUUUUCACCAAUGGGAAAGCAAGUCUGGAGCUGCGGAACAAGGACAUCUUACAAAGGAGGUUCUUGCUGGAUGCGAAAGCAUAGAGUGGCAGGUAGAUGAAUUGGAUAAAGCAAUUGCUGUAGCGUCUAGAGAUCCUUCUUGGUAUGGGAUUGAUGAAGCUGAGGUUGAAAGCCGAAGGAGAUGGGCAAGCAGUGCUCGUUCUCAGGUUGGCACAAUGAAGAAAGCAAUGGAAUCUGGCAAGGGCUCAAGUACCACAAGCCAUGCUAGUGUAAAUGGGAUGCGCCGAGAACUGAUGAGGCUACCAAAUUCUCAUCAAACUGAUAGCUCCAACCAGUAUGCUGCCAGAGAUAAUGAUGAUUUCAUACAAUCAGAAUCAGAUAGACAGACGCUUCUUAUAAAGAGACAGGAUGAGGAAUUGGAUGAGCUCAGUGAAAGUGUACGAAGAAUCGGAGGUGUUGGACUCACAAUACAUGAUGAACUCACUGCACAGGAAAAGAUUCUAGAUGAGCUUGGUUCUGAGAUGGACAGUACAACAAAUCGUCUUGAUUUUGUCCAAAAAAAAGUGGCAAUGGUUAUGAAGAAGGCUAGUGCAAAGGGUCAGAUCAUGAUGAUAUUGGGUUUGUUGGCCCUGUUCAUCUUCCUCUUUAUCUUAGUAUUCUUCACCUAGUCAUUGAGAUGGGACCAGUCUCUCUGCUGUUUGUACAUGAAAAGAGAUCUCAUUUUUUUUUGUUGAGAUUCAAGAUUAAUAAUAGACAUGCAUUUAACUAUUCAGUUAAAUGUAAGUCAUUUUGUGCUAUGUAUGUUUCUGGAAGGUUGUAGAAAGUUCUGAUUGUGAUGAAAAUGGGAAGCAAAUAGUUAAGGAUUUAUAGUAGGAUUUUGAUUCUUGACACGGUUGAUUACGUGAAUGAUGCUAGUGAUAUUCGUUGCUUAAACCAUUUUUCUGC